AAUGUUCACUGGGAAAUCAUUGCCAGAUUGUCUGUGUAUGUUAGCGAGUGCUGGGGGCGGCCUGCGGCCCACCAGCUGACAGGAAGAGAAAAAAGACAUUUACAGCUGGGAAUCGACUGCUGCACGGCCACCAUGUCUCAACCUGCACAGGAAGAUGAGCAGACGCAGCGUCCCGUGGUGAGAGACGAGGACCUGACCGAAGCAAAGUCCAAACUUGGUGGUGGUGGGGCGGUGAAGAGCAAGACCUUUGAAGUGAUGGAGGAGUGCGAGAAAUUGGGUAAAGCGGCUCCAUCUGUGUUCAGUGGAGCGAGAUCUGGAGGAGAGACGGCUUUCAACACUCGCUCCACUCGGCAGGCCAGGAAGUAAAAGGAAAACUUCCCCUCCAUGGAAGAACGCCGCCUCUUCCAUGUGACUGAUGUUAUUUAACCUGUUUCGUAGAGAUGUUUAAUCAACCUUAGUCGGCUAGAAGCAAGAAAUUGUUUGACAUCAUUUUGAUGCAACUUUAUUUCACCAUUUCUGUUAGUUUCUUAUAGUCAGUUCUGUUUCUUACUCUUGUGCUACUGCAGGAUGGAUUGAUUGCAAUUUUUUUUGCACAUCUUUACCAGAGGUGUCAAUAAAAGGAAGCGAUGUACCACCAGUGGGACUGAUGUACUAAAUAUUAGUGGUUAUAUAUUUGUUCAAAUGACAGGAUUUUAAUAUUUGACAUAUUUUCUGUGUCAUCUGCCAAUUCAAGCUAAUGUUUUAAGAAAUUGCAAUUGUUUCCUCGUUUAUUUCUAAUGAUCUUACUCUGAUGUAAAAGUAAUAAGUAUCAAUGCAACUUAUGCAGUACUGCAUGAAACACAGAAGACUGUU